GCAACGGCACACGGAAGCAGGCCGCACUCCGUUCCAACUCCGAAAAAAACCCUUUAAAGGCCCGAAUAUAAACCGAUCAUAAGCCCAACUGCAAUUGGACUUCGUUGUGUUAACUACCGCCAAUAACACCUUGCUUAACUCGAGCGGGGAGCAAAAAGUGAAAUUCGUGCACUUUUCACCGCAAUUUCGCAAUCGGUUCGGGGCCUAAUAAAAAUAAAUAUUACAAAAUUCAAUUAAAGCAAUUGGCGGCUCGUAAAAGUUUACAUCAAGGCUAAAUUGUGGUUAAGCUAAGCCGAGAUAACGAAACCGAAAAAAAAAUCGUCGCCGCAGCUUAACACUUUUAACACUUUCAUUUUCGUUCGGAAUCGCUUUCGUUGGGUUCGUCAUCGGCUUUCGUUGAGUGUGUUAAAUAAUAGUAAACAAAAAAGUGAACGAAACUACCACAUUUUUCGGCAAAUGCUCAGCGGUCUUGUGAACUGAAAACGGAAACUGCAUUUUAAGUUGAUGUUCGGCAAGAUGCAAACGAAGCUCUUUCUGCUCUGCCUGGUCAUCUCUGUGGGAUCAUUUGUGCCCGCUGAAGGCCAAUCAGGUGACGCCAACGAUGAGGAGCAGCCUCUCCAUCUGACCAACGACGCGUCUUUCUUUCAGCCGCAUCUGCACGACCGCCGACUGGGUCGCCAGCUGGAUGAGGACCUGGGUCUGAGCCAGAGUUCCACCGGGAGUGGCAGCAGCAGCAGUCAGUCUAGUUCCACCUACGAGGAUGAGGACGAUGUCGAGGGGUCCAGCGAGUACUACGAUAGCGACGAGGAGCAGACGGAAGGCAGCAACGAAUCCCUGCCCAGAUUGCUCUCGCAAUCCACAUUCAAUCGCAUCUCGGAAACCUUGGGAGCCCUCAACCAUGUGGGUCACAUGCUGGUGGACAUAACGCGCGGUGGACAGGAUCAGGCCAAAACAGAGGGCCUUGAGAAGAGCGAAGAUAAGAGCCAACCUGAUAGUUCCUCCGCCUCAACUUCAAGUGGUUCCAGCACUACAGAAGUUUCCCCUUCUUCUGGUUCCUCCCCCCAAGGAAAAUCGGAACCACUUCCCGGAGUCUCAGAUAAACUUUUGGACCCCCUUCCCAUAACACUCUCUGCCAAUAGUUUACUGCCAGCUGGCAAGCCUGCUAAUCUAAGUGUUAUCCAAGUGGCCACUAAAAGAAUCGGAGUGGAUGACUCCUCUCCCAUGUUUGUGGAGAACAAGGAGGUUAAGCUGAAGAAGAAAAAGAAGAAGAACAAGAACAAGCAAAAGGUGAAGAAGCCCAGUGAAGAGGGAGUCCAGAACCCUUCAGUCCAAGGAGUCCAGCAAUCCCAGCAGAAGAUCAAGAUACCAACCACUCCGCGCACCACAACGAGCACCACGACCACCGAAGCAGCCAUUACCUUGAGUCCCUUGGAUCGGAUAGAGGAUGGCAGUGAUGAGGCAGGAACCGGCAAGGAUGUGGAGAACUACUGCAAGACGCCGAGUGGAAGACGAGGACGUUGCGAGGAUCUCAGCAGUUGUCCUGCUCUUCUGCUCAAUCUCAGCAGCUUGCGGGAAUCUCUGUGCUUUAAGAGUCUCUACGUUCCGGGAGUCUGUUGCCCCAUCUCCUCUUCGUCCACUGUCUUGACCACCCAGAAACCUCUGCGGUUGACCACACGACCUACUACCACCACCAGCACCACCAAGGCCACGCAACCCACCAAGAAGAGCACAGCUCGACCCACCACGCGACCCACUUCGGGUUUGGUGCUAAUUCCCCAGAAGAAACCGCCUACGUCGACGACCACCACCACAACUGAGGUUCCUCUGGAACCCGAGGGUCUGGAGGAGAUCGGCAACAACAUCGUGGAUCCCGAGGAGUGCGGCCAGCAGGAGUACUCCACGGGCAGGAUUGUGGGUGGAGUGGAGGCCCCGAAUGGUCAGUGGCCUUGGAUGGCGGCUAUUUUCCUCCACGGACCCAAGCGCACGGAGUUCUGGUGCGGUGGAUCCUUGAUUGGCUCCAAAUAUAUUCUAACAGCUGCGCAUUGUACCCGAGAUUCAAGACAAAAACCUUUCGCUGCCCGCCAGUUUACAGUAAGGUUGGGCGACAUCGAUCUCUCCACGGAUGCCGAGCCCUCUGACCCCGUGACCUUUGCUGUGAAGGAAGUGCGAACCCACGAACGCUUCUCCCGCAUUGGUUUCUACAACGAUAUUGCCAUUCUGGUUCUGGAUAAGCCCGUUAGGAAAUCUAAGUAUGUGAUUCCCGUCUGUCUGCCAAAAGGACUUCGCAUGCCGCCCAAGGAGCGCCUUCCAGGACGAAGAGCCACCGUUGUGGGUUGGGGAACCACCUAUUACGGCGGCAAGGAGUCAACCAGCCAAAGGCAGGCGGAACUUCCAAUUUGGCGGAAUGAGGACUGCGAUCGCAGCUACUUCCAGCCCAUCAACGAAAACUUUAUCUGCGCAGGAUACUCCGAUGGAGGAGUGGAUGCCUGUCAGGGCGACUCUGGCGGUCCUUUGAUGAUGAGAUAUGACUCCCACUGGGUUCAACUGGGAGUGGUUUCCUUCGGCAACAAGUGUGGCGAACCUGGUUAUCCAGGGGUCUACACACGUGUCACAGAGUAUCUGGACUGGAUACGCGAUCACACGCGGGAUUGAUAUACCACCUGAUCCAACCGAUCCACCUUAGCCGUAACUGUAGGAUUAGGAUUAUGUACGCACUAGUCUAUGUACUCUUAAUGACCCCCUCCUCCUCCUCCUGUUCUAUGUGCAGUGUCCUAUUUAUUAACCGCAUACCAUUGCUAUGAUGAAUGGCAUUUGUUGACUAAAUUAUUAAAUAUUUAAU